UUAGUACGACACCAUAGAGGAGUGGCGGAAGAAUGCCCGUUGGCUGAGGUGAGCGCGUUCCUGGCCAGUGUUGUCAUACAGGUAAAUGCUAAGAUCGUCUCCAGUGGCGAACGUUGAAUCGGCCUCACAAACGAAUGUGUGAGGUGGGUUAUGAACUCCAUGGCCUCGAGCAUAAAUCUGCACUCUAUUCUGCGGAGUGAGGAUGAAAUCUCGAGGGAACGUGAAGGAGACUUGUUUAAGAGAUGAACUGGUACUGCGGAGAGUCCAGUCCCCGAGGUGUUGAUCGGUGUCCAACGAUGUGUUCUCCACAAUGACAUACGAACCAUCAGGAGCAACCUCAGCAAUGGCGACGUUUCCUUGUGCAGAACGGUGUAGGGAGUAGUCAUGCUCCGAUCCACUGAUUCUCGAUGCAUUCAUGUCAUCAGUUGCUUCCUUGAUCAUAUAGUCCAACUUUGAGAUCACAGUUGGUGUUGUGGUGCUGCUCGUGAUUGCAUAUCGUUCGCUUUGCUGAACAGCGCCAGAUCCGCUGUCGUGGGUAGUCACACCAUAGCCAAUCUGAGAGGAAUAUUGGCCGGCACCGCUACUCAUUUGGGAGUAUGCGGGAGUAGCACCACUGCCAAUAUGGGAUUGUGACGUCACGCCUCCACCAAUCUGAUACUGUCUAGGCGAGUAAGUACCGCUUGUUGCUGUUAUUUGCUUCAAUGAAGAGUUUCUGACAUGAGUGUAUGUGCCUCCACUGUUACCGCCGUGGUUGUAAACUCCACUGCCCGUUCUCGAAUGGCUGACAACUCCGUUGUAGGUUUGACUAGUUCUUACACCGCUUCCAAUGUCGUGCGAUUUUCUAGAUUGUUCAGUCUUGUUCGGACCUCAAUAAGCUCGGCUCUAAGCAGUGCCAGCCUCUCCUUCUGCGAUGUACAGUCAGCAUGAGAUCUGGAGGCGACCUGGGACACCCUCUGAUCGUACCAUUGUUUCAUUUCCGUGUCUACAGUACUGGCUAAGUUCUCGUACUGUCUUCGAAUAUCCACCAUUGCGGAAUCUAUAGCGUUGCGGAAAUGCCUACGGUCUCCUUCGAUGUCAUCGAAUGAGAUCGACUUGAUCGUCUGCGCCUGA